GAGGAAGAAGAGGGAAAGGAAACUGACUUGAGAGGGAGAGGGCUCUUUAUAAACCCCUGAAAAUUUCAGACAAACAUACACACACACUUUGUUUUUCAUCUUUUCAAAAUUAAAUUUAAGGCACACAGAGCUAAUAAUAAAUCACACAAACCCUAAAUAGCUCAUUCCCUUGUUUAUUAUUGUCUUGGUGCCUUCUUCUUCAUUCUCCAAUCUCAGGUUAUUAAUAAUCUAAAUUAUGACAUCAAGAACUUUGAGGAGAAGGCUCCACCAUGGGGAUGUCGAUGGCAAGAAUCAUGAACAUUUAGAGGCAACAGAUUGGGAUGGACUGAAUGAACCUCUACUUGGGACAGAAAGCUAUGACGAUAGGCAUUCAGAGGGAAGCACAGCUGGAGAUCUUUGGGAUGAUGAGCGGAAGAAGGAACGCCUCCAUUGGACAUUGCUGUUUUCUCAACUGAUUGCACAAUGGGCGCAAUGGCUAGCAAAUAUUGUCAUUCUACCUGCGUCACUUUUUGGGCGGCUUUUGACCCUUCCCUUUGCCGCACAGAAUGGACAAAGCAAUAGGUUGCUUCAACCUUCUCUUAGUCCAUUACAGGAAGAAAGACUCAGAAGUUUGCGGCAAAGGAUUGAAGUCCCCUUUGAUGGUUCUCGUGUGGAGCAUCAAGAUGCACUUAAACAACUAUGGAGAUUGGCUUAUCCUGACAGGGAGCUGCCAUCUCUUAAAUCAGAGCUUUGGAAGGAAAUGGGCUGGCAAGGUACAGAUCCAUCAACAGAUUUUAGGGGAGGGGGAUUUAUAUCAUUGGAGAAUCUUAUCUUUUUCGCCCAGAAGUAUCCGGAAUCAUUUCAGAGACUGCUGCACAAGCAAGAUGGGUCCAGGGCUGACUGGGAAUAUCCUUUUGCUGUAGCUGGCAUCAAUAUUUCUUUUAUGUUGGCUCAGAUGUUGGACCUUCAAUCAGUUUGUAUUUUUCUUGUAGCAAAGCCAACUUCUUUCGCAGGAAUUCGUUUCCUGGAACUGCUCAAAGAAGAUGAAAUGGCAUUUGAUAACCUCUAUUGUGUAGCUUUCCAAAUGAUGGACGCUCAAUGGCUGGCAAAGCGUGCUUCGUAUAUGGAAUUCAAUGAUGUUUUGAAGUCCACGAGAACUCAGUUAGAGCGGGAGCUCGCGCUAGAAGAUGUCAUCAAUGUGAAAGAUUUACCAGCAUACAACUUGUUAAGAAGAUGAAUUUUAGCAUUCUUAGUUUGUCAACCACUUUCCAUCCUUUCUUGCUCCAAUUCAUGUUAUAACAUAUGUAGACUGCUUGAACCAAACAUAUAAAAUAGCAACACCAUAUUUCUGUUCAUCACCAAAGUCAAGUAUAGCUUCACAUUUUUCGUUUUUUCACCAUGAAAUGUAAAUCUGUGAAGGGCCCAAGAAGGCAUCAAUUAAACAUAUUCUCAUGUGGAUGCAACUCCAAUGCAAAUUCUUUACUUCC